AAGCGUGUUUCGAGCUGCUUGAAAGAAGCGGCAGGCUCCUCUUCGAAAAGCAUCUUUUGUGUGUGUUCCAGGAGUAACGUUACUGUCAGAGAUGGGGGUAACGUGUGUGUGCCAAGUUCCAGUGGCAGAGGGGAAGAGUGUGCAGCAGACAGUGGAUAUGCUGCACAAGAAGCUGGAGCAGCUGGGUGCAGUAAAGCAGGGCAGCUUCUGGGUGGACUGUGAGACGUAUCAUGCCACUGGUAACACAAGCGGUCAGCCUUCCAAGCUGCUAUACGUCAUGCACAACUCUGAGACGCCUCUCAGCUGCAUGGCCCUAUUUGAAGGUGGGCCCUGUCUCACGGCUGACGUCAACUUCGACGUUCUCAUGCUGAAACUCAAGAGCCAUUUCCAGAAUGCCAAGGGCCACAAAGUGGAGAGCCGUGGCACCCGCUACCGGUACUGCGACUUCCUGGUGAAGGUGGGGGCAGUCACUAUGAGCUCCAGUGCCAGAGGAAUCUCUGUGGAGGUGGAGUACUGUGCCUGUGUGGUCCCAGGAGACUGUUGGAAUCUUAUAAAGGAAUUCAUGCAAAGCUUCUUGGGGGCCAAUGUUCCGGAACUGCCGUCUGUCUUUGCCACCAAAUCUGAAGGACUGUAUGCCCCUUCAGACUGCAUGGACACCAUGACCCAGUACCUUGAGCUUUUCAGCAAGGUUCGAAAGCAGCAAGUGAUUCCAGGAGCAAGUGUACGCUAAGAGCAUCACUUAUAUGGGAUGUGCUAAGUAGUACCAACAAAAAGGACUUACAAAACUGCAGAAGCUGGGACUCUUACAUUCUGCUGUUGCUGGUUGGGUUUUAUAUGUUAAGGCUUCAAGAAUAACUUUCACACCUGACAUUUUCAAACAUUUCUACAUGAACUGGUAGGCCUGUAUGGUGAAGCCUAGGAGGUGGAAAUGUAUAAACAAGAAUAUACAGAUUACAAAGUAUGCAUCAUGUAUGUGUCUGUAUUGUCUUUCCAUUUUGAUGUGGUUGUGGUAAACAGUAUGUUUUUUUUUAGUACAAUAUUUUUUUGUUUCUGCUUUCUUGGGAACCAUAUGGUUCCAAGACAGAAAGGACAAUUGAACGACAAUUAUAAUUCCAUCAACAAGUGAUGUAAGUUGAUACCGUUUUAGGUCGCUGCAUACAUUUGUAUAGGUAGGCUAUGUGGGCGUCUCUCUUAUACUUUAAUUUUAUUUUCAACACCAUUUCUACGUUGCUUGUGGUUUGGAGGAGCAGGGCAUUUUGAGAGGAUUGACUAAGCAUGCACGUUACUGGGCGAAAGAUCUAUUGUCGGAUCCGAUAUGUUUGAUUAUUAUUAUGACUACGUAUCUUUAUUGAUAAUUUUGCAAAGUGCAGAUGGGUCUGUGAAAUUGGUCAGUGAACCGCAGUCCGAAGACAUUCGGGGCCCUUUUACAAUCUGACCGGCAAAGGUCGGAGUCAUGCAGCAAUGGGAGUAAUUGGUUGGCGGAAGAUUGAUCACUUUCUGUCCAAUCAGAGCGAGGGAACGCUAAAGUAAAAUAGUUUGGUUGACUCGAGAUCUGUGACAGCUCGCGCGUGCAGAUGAUGGCGGUAAAUAAAAGCCGUAUACAAAAUAAAACCAUGAAAACCUUUAUCGCAGGACACUAACACCACUGUAAGAGAAAGAACAGAAAGAAAUCAGGUGAGUGUCUCAUAUAGUAGUUGUGAUCUUUUAUAUUAUGAUUAAAAGUUGAGAGCUUUUGUUUGUCA